AUGGGGUUGGCCCAGAACACAACAACGCCUAUCGGAGUGAAUGUUGGUGUGGUUCUAGACUUGGAAAUUUUGGAUUUCACUAUUGCUUUGAGUUGCAUUAAAAUGGCCCUCUUAGACUUCUACGCCACUCAUGGCCGUGACUACAAUACCAGUCUAGUCCUCACCACUAGGAACUCCAAGACAGACGUUGUUGGAGCAGCUGCAGCAGAAGCCCUUGUUGGCCUGGUUUUGAGGCCAUUAAGUUUGAGGUCUCCUCCUUUUGGCUAUUUGGGCCUGACUCUGGACCUGAUAAAAAAUGUGGAAGUGCAAGCAAUCAUAGGUCCGAGUACAUCAAUGCAAGCCAAUUUUGUUAUUGAAGUUGGAGAAAAAGCUCAAGUGCCUAUUAUAUCAUUUUCUGCAUCAAGUCCUUCUAUUAGUUCCUUCUCGAGCCCCUACUUUUUUCGAGCUACACAUAGUGACUCAAGUCAGGUGAAUGCCAUAAGUGCUAUAGUUCAAGUCUUCGGAUGGAGACAAGCAGUACCUAUCUAUGUUGACAAUGAAUAUGGAAAGGGAAUCAUACCUUAUUUAACUGAUGCUUUGCAAGCUGUUGACGCUCGUGUCCCCUACCAGAGUGUCAUUUCUCCAUCGGCCACUGAUGAUCAACUUGGUGAAGAGCUUUACAAGUUGAUGACAAUGCAAGCUAGAGUUUUCAUUGUGCAAAUUUCACCUAAUCCUUCUGUCACUGAUACAAUGCAAGGGGUACUGGGUGUUAAACCUUAUGUUCCAAGCACAGAAGGGCUUAAAGAUUUUCGAGUUCGGUGGAAAAGGAAAUUCCAACUAGAUAAUCCAGAGAUUAUUGAUGCUGAGUUGAGCGUUUAUGGACUAUGGGCCUAUGAUGCAGCAACAGCAUUGGCCAUGGCAGUUGAGAAAGCUGGAACUGCAAAUCUAGGCUUCCAGAAGGGAAAUGACUCUAGCAAUUCAACGGAUCUUGCAACUCUUGGGGUGUCUUUAAUUGGUCCAAACCUUCUUCAAGCUUUAUCAAACACUAGUUUUAAAGGCCUUACAGGAGAUUACUUUUUUGUUAAUGGGCAGUUGCAAUCAUCAUCUUUCCAGAUAGUUAAUGUGAAUGGAAAUGUAGGAAGAGAGAUUGGAUUUUGGACACCAAAAGAAGGACUAUUGAAAAAGUUGAAUUCAACUUCUUCGUCUGGUAUUUCGACAGUAAUAUGGCCUGGGGAUGGUGUUGCUGUUCCAAAGGGUUGGGAGGCUCCCACAAAUGAGAAGAAGUUGAGGAUAGGAGUUCCAGUGAACUUGGAUGACAACAAUAAGUAUUUAUCUGUCAGAAAAGAUCCAAGUUCUAACACCACAAAAAUCACCGGAUUCUGCAUAGAUGUUUUUGAAGCUGUAGUCAAACAAUUACCUUAUGCUUUGCCUUACGAGUACUUUCCCUUUGCCAAGCCUGACGGCAAGCCUGCUGGAACUUACAACGAUCUGGUCGAUCAAGUGUACUUGAAGAGUUACACGGCCAGCUUUACGAGCCUCCUCACAGUCCAGCAGCUGCAGCCUAAAGUUGCAGAUAUGAAGGAGCUCAUUAAAGGAAGGGAUUAUGUGGGUUAUGAGAAGAAUUCUUUUAUUCUUGAUAUGUUGUUAGAGUUAGGGUUCAACGAGGACAGGCUUGUGGCGUAUACGUCUUCUGAAGAAUACGAGGGCCUUUUCUCCAAAAGAAGUGGACAUGGUGGUAUUGCUGCCGCUUUCGGUGAGUCGCCGUACGUGAAGGUAUUUCUGUCAAAGUAUUGCCGUAAAUAUACAACGGCUGAUCGUAUAUUUAGAACCGGUGGUUUUGGCUUUGUCUUCCCUAAAGGUUCUCCUCUUGUACCUGACAUAUCAAGGGAAAUUCUAAAUAUAACUGAGGGAGAUACAAUGAAGAAAAUCGAGGAUGCAUGGUUAGGCGAUCAAAGCACUUGUCCAGAUUCCGACACCUUGAUUUCGUCUACUAGACUUGGUCUCGAGAGUUUCUGGGGUUUAUUUCUAAUUUCGGGGCUAGUUUCACUUUCAGCUCUCAUUAUCUUCACAGCUGCAUUUGUUUACAAAGAAAGAGCAGUAAUCUCUGAUUCCACAACGUCAAUAUGGAUUAGAGUUAAAAAUUUGAUAAGAAUUUUCAAUCAAAGGGUCUCCAUCCGAAGUGACCUUAAUCAGCCUGGAGUGGGGGUGCCAACUCCAGCAGCUGAGUCAGUUCACACAGAAAUUCAUGGAGAUCUAUCCUCCCAAGAGGAUAAUUUGAGUCCAAAUAGGGAAGCACCUCAAGAAGUAGAAAUAAAUAUCGAUCAGCCUACCAACCCAAAUCAAGAAAGGCCAACAGCUAAUGGAAUAGACCAUGACAGCAAUUGA